AAACAUCCACCUCUUUCCAUCGCAUCUCUUUAUCUUCUAUAUCCAGUCAACUCUCCACACUCCCUGUGCGCCGUCCACACCGGCCCAUAACCACCGAUCCCCCAGCCGACUACCACGCCAUAUCACGUUACAGUGGUCUGGCCAGCUCGUUUAAUGGAAUCUCAACGACCAGCACAGCUACCACCAAGAGGACUCCCAAUACUGUCGGGCCUGCCACCGGUAACCGAGUCGUCAAACUGUAGACAAUGCGGUAAAGACUUUAACCCUUUCUGGCGACGCAAGCACAUCUGUGGCCAUUGUGGCUACGAAUACUGUUCAUCAUGCCUCUCCGACGGUCAGGCACUUAUGCCCCGUCGGCCAGGCCAAGCAGCUCUCAAUCCCAAACCGUUGUCAGAGCUCAAAGCAGGGCUCGGACUCGACGAUAAGCGUGAAAGUUCGGGCUCGGGAUACGAAGCCGAGAGUGUCUGUCUGCCAUGCUUGGGUAUGCUUCAAGUGACUGCGGCGCCCGUGACCAUCCUGAGAUCCUUGCCCAUAAAGCGGCUCAAAGAUUACCUUGCCGCAUACAACAUUCCUUGUAUCGGUGCCAAGGAGAAAGAGGAUAUUGUCCAGACAGUCCUCAAAGCCAGAAGCCCUUCUACGGGAUGCCUCUCCCCUGAAGCGGAGAGUUACUAUAGACGUCGUUCGGUCCCCAAAGGAAAUACUCAAUCCUCCUCUUCUCCUCCCAACAAUACUCAGACUAGGCCAAUUACCAACAACAAUCGCCCAUCAUCCUCCGGCCCACAAACGUACGCUUCAUCUUAUCAGCGUCCAUCGCCUCAUGCCCAUUACCGACCGCCGCCACCACCGCCAUCCAACAACUAUCGACGUACCCCUCCCCGACCACAGCCGCAAACUCAACCUAGACCGCAAACAAAUUAUGGACCAACGUCCGCGCAAGCGCGCCCCUCGCCUCGUCCUGCUGCAGCGCCUACCCCUCCACCACCUGUUCCAUCCAUUCUCUCACUCGUGGCUUUGCCAGAUUCCUACCUAUCAUCACUGAGCAUAGGUACACUCAAGGCAAUCUUGUAUGAGAAUCAUGUGCGUGUAGAUUUCAAGCAGGUCCUUGAAAAGAAAGAACUUAUUGCGCGAGUCAAAGAACUUGUAGAUGAUGAACGAAAGCGUCUAGAAAGGCAACGUAUCGCCGAGCAAGAGGGACUCGAACAGUCUCCUCCUCUUAGUUCACCGCAAGAUCCCAUCUCCGAUAAUGUUGAAGCAUCUGGAAAUACAGCUGGACUAGGAGAUACUGAAGGAGAUUCAGAUGAAACGCCCAAAGCCGCAAAGAAAGUGCCCACUGGCCCGAUGCCUGAGAUUGAACGCGGUCUUUGUGUUGUGUGCCAAGACGAAGAGGCCACGUUGGCUGCCGUAGAUUGCGGCCAUCUUUGCAUGUGCCCACACUGCUCGGAUUUGAUCAUGGCAACCACUCAGGAGUGUCCUCUAUGCCGUACCCGAAUUGUUACCAAACAGCGUCUCAUCAGGAUUUACCGCACUUGAUUCCGGGUCUAGCAGUGAUUCAUCCUUCAUCCUCCUUCUAUAAAUUGACUAUUAACUUUUAUGAUGCAUGCCACAACGAUUACGGU